AGUAUUGUGGAUCCCCAGACAUGUCUCGGAGAACAUCAUCUGAUUCCGAGUACGUCCCUCGUCACCAUUGGGAGUCCCUCGCCUGGACUGAGUAUGGCAUGGACGCUAAGUUGGAUGUGCUGAUGCGAGUUCUACCAGCGGACCUUGUCGAAGGCCCUAUUGCCAGAUUCUUCUAUCAUUCUGAUGCCGUCCCACACAUCAUGGUAAUGGGAGGACGUUCUAAUCAGUUCGCCUAUCACGACGAAUCUGUCAUCUUCGAUACAUUCAACGAGCGAUGGGCGACAGCUGGUCCCCUCCCAGAAGGUUUCAGCCGAGUCGGGGCAGGGUGCGCUGCCCUUCAAGAUGGCAGGAUCCUCCUUGUGGGUGGCUAUACUGAUAGCGUCACUAAUCCUACUGAUCGAUGUGACAUAUACAAUCCCGAGACGGGUAUGUGGUCGCCUGCAGCGCCCUUGUCUGUUGGUCGUUUCGGCCUCGGUGUGGCUACUGUUGCUAAUGGAUUUGUAUACGCGGUUGGAGGGAAUACUGGUCUUCACGGCCCGACAUCUCUAGUAGAGUAUUACGACCCUAAAGAGGAUGCAUGGUUCCCAGCACCGCCACAUCAUCAACUCCCUUACCCCACGGCAGGAGGUCGCCUCGUCUCCUCUCAUGGAGGAGUCAUGUUGCACGUUGUCGGUGGCUGCAGUGACACCUUCACAGCGUCGGAGAACAUCCUCACUGUUGAUAUUUCUAAGGACUUUACGAAUCUGGAGAACUUCCGCAGUUCUAACACGAAUCUUCCGGAUGAAGUCGGCCGGUGGACUGUUACUCACAAACUGAGUACUCGGCGAGCUGCGGCAGCUGUCUGUGUUGACGAGAAUGAUAAUCUGAUCGUCUCCGGUGGAUUUACUGAGCCUGGCAGCCCCGAGCGUGAACUCUCUAGUGUUGAAGUUGUAGACCUGAAAGACUGCGGUGCUCGAGCACGCGUGAUUGGAGACAUGUCCUACAAGCGCGGAGGCUGUGUCUCCGUUCAAGUCCCAAGCGUCGGUUCUGUAGUGAUCGGUGGUGAAAGUACCUUGCAAGGGUCAUCCAGCGGAGUGCCUCCAUCUCCUGAUCUUUUUGUGAAUCAUGAGGAAGAGGAUUUGUGCCGCAUGGGAAGUCCUCCUCGGCCACCGUCACCGCGGAAUCAGGCGAGAUUCAUGUCACAGCAUGAACCAUUUACACCUUUGCCGAAUCGAUCGAGAGCUCGAAAUGAUAAUCCAGAUGAGACUGUUUCACCAGUGGUACUUCCUACAUCUGAGGUUGUCGGAGUUGGCAAGUGGUCUCUUCUGCCCUUGAUGCCCGAGGAGCGCACGGCAGCCGCUGUCGCUGUCGUUUGGAAGAUUCCGAGUGGCUUCUUCUACAAACCGUUGGUUGAUUUACUCGCUGUAUAAUUCGUGGUACAUCUACAAGCUGAGCGAAGUAACCUGCUGGUCUCGCUCAUGUAUCCACCAAGCUGAAUGCAUGAUAGACA